CUUCAACUUGCCGCCCACAUUGACGUCUUUCGGUCUUCUACAAUCCCACCUAUGUCUACCCUCCUCCAAGUUUCUCUCUAACAGGGUCACACUGUGGUUCCCUAGUCCCUCGUUUCGGCAUGUUUUCUGCGGGUUAUUCUUGGCUUGCCUUUGCCGCUGUGUUCCUCUUUCGAUAUAUCCGCUUAUGCGUUAAUGUUUAUGCUUAUUACAUUGGGUAUAAACCCACACCUAUUCCUGAAAAGCUAUAUCCAAGGGAUAACAUCACAGUCAUUCUACCUACUCUAGGAGAGAAUGCUGAGGAGCUCCUGAUCACAAUACAGUCAGCUUUACAGAAUGAGCCACAGAAGAUUGUAUUAGUGACUCCUAAAGUGCAUCUAAAAAGAGUUGAGGCCAUGAUGCAAAACGUCUACGAGCCGGCUCGCAAUCGUAUCAAGGUCUUAACCUCGAACAUGACCAAUAAGCGUCAGCAGAUCGUUCGAGCACUACCAGAUGAAGUCGAGACACCCUUUGUGAUGCUGAUCGAUGACGACGUAAAGCUGCCACCGACAUUUUCGGACUGGGUACUGGCACCGUUUGCGAAUCCGAACGUAGGCGGAGUAGGGACGAAUCAACGGGUUCGACGGAGUGAGAAACCCAAUUUCUGGGAGAUUCUCGGCGGGAUAUAUCUACAGCGGCGCAAUUUUGACUGCACUGCUUGCAACUAUAUGGACGGCGGACUUCCUUGUUUGUCCGGGCGAGCAGUUGUGUAUCGAUCUUCUAUACUGAAAGAUCCAGAAUUCAUGACCCAGUUCAAUGAAGAGAGUGUUUCCUGGUUCAAGAAGAAAUACCUGUUGAAUGCUGACGACGAUAAUUUCAUAACUCGCUGGCUGUUCAAGACUGGAUACGAUAUCCGAAUGCAAAAUCACCCAGACUGUGAGGUUGAGACCACUCUAGCUCCGGACAGAACCUACUUGAGACAAUGUGUCCGCUGGUCAAGGAGCAAUUGGCGGAGUAAUCUUACCAGCCUCUUUACCGAACGUAACGUCUAUCUUAUGUAUCCUUGGAGCACGUACGCUGUCUUUCUAACCACCGUCACCCAAUGGGCUCUAGCCAUGGACUUGACGAUGAUCUACCUGCUGAGUCGAGUGGUGAGAGGCUGGGAUACCUACGAUACAUACAUUGCAUACUUUUUGUUUUUCUGCUGGUGGUUGAUGUCUAGGUUCAUUAAAUUCGUGGGCUACUUCCGACAAUAUCCCAUGGACCUUGUGAACUAUGGAUUGCUGAUCAUUGGAUUCGGCUAUUUCCACAACUUUAUUAAGUUCUUUAGCGCAUGCACCAUUCUCAACACAGAUUGGGGAAGCAGAGAGGAUGCCGACCGAGCUCCAGACAACAAAGAGCGCCUUCGAAGGCUCCGAGAUUGAAUCGUCCUAUCCUCUAAAAGUUUUGAACUUCCGCUACCGAUCCUCUUCGAGCCUGCAAUGAGCGAUCGAACGAAUUUUACGAAGAGCAUCUGAACGACACCAUGUACUACACUACGAUUAUAACGAACUUGACUAGAUUAUCGCGUGGGACAUAAUCAUUGCAUUUCAUCUUGUAGCCCAUCACAUAGCCGAAGGCUGACUACAUUCCUGGGCACUGGCGUUCCGGAUCCUACGGGACCGUAUUUGGAUACUUUUCAAUCAGGUUGCGUAUUUAUUUUUGAAUGUAAUAUACUCUACAAAAGUAAGA